GUGAUCAGUGAGGAGGAGGUUUCGCGGUUGCAGAGUCAGAAAUGUGACUGCGUGAGUGUCACAUGUCCUCAUAAACAGCAGACAGUUUGACACCUUCCUCCUCUGCAGUCUCUCAUCAGCUGUCUCCACAAGUUUGGCAAUGGCGAGCAGUGGCAGCCAAGAAACUUUAGAGUCGUGGCUCAACAAGGCCACAGACCCUAAUAACGAGGGGGACAGAUGGGACUGCAUUCAGGCCUUCUACCAGCUUGUCAAUCAGGAGACAAAUGGACCACAGGUUGCUACUCGUCUGCUCGCUCAUAAAAUCCAGUCCCCACAAGAGAAAGAAGCUCUGCAGGCUCUCACCGUCCUUGAGGCGUGCAUGAACAACUGUGGGAAGAGGUUUCACACUGAAGCUGCCAAGUUUCGCUUUCUCAAUGAGCUGAUUAAAAUACUCACACCAAAGUACUUUGGCGCAUGGACUCCACAGCAGGUUAAAGACCGAGUGACGGAGGUCCUCUAUGGAUGGACGCUCUGGCUCAAAGAAGAACCCAAAAUACAGCAGGCGUACAGCAUGCUGAAGAAACAGGGCAUAGUGAAGGGGGAUCCCAAACUGUCAGACACACUUGUAAUGGCUCCACCCCCACAAAGAACCACAGAGUCUAUUUUUGACCAAGAAGACAAGGCAAAGCUGUUAACGAGGUUGUUGAAAAGUGGCCUUCCUGAAGACCUGGAAACUGCCAACAGACUCAUUAAAAACACAAUCAAAGAGGAGCAGGAGAAGGCAGAAAAAGCAUCAAAACGAGAGUCCACCCUGAAGGAAGUGGAGAGCUGCACCAAGCAGCUUCGAGAACUUCUGGACCAGCAUGUAGUUAAUGGAUCCACAUUUCAGCCCAGCGAUGAUGUGAAGGCCCUUUAUGAUCGCUGCGACCGUCUGAGGCCCAGUCUGUUCCGCCUGGCGAGCGAUACGAUGGAUGACGAUGAGGCUCUGACACAGAUUCUGGCCGCAAAUGAUGAACUAACACUCUCAGUGAAUGCCUACAAAGAGCUGCUGGGGAGAGGAAGCUGUAACGGAAGACAAGUGAGAAAUAAAAGUGAAGAAGACUCAAGUCGAAGUAUCUCUCCAACAAGCCCAACAGCCACAAAGAGCUACCACCUUAUUGACCUGUCAGCUCUGGAAUCUCCAAAGCCUCACAGGAAAACUGAUUUUCAGCCUGAAUUAGAAUCUUCUCUCUUUUUUUCUUCUGUGGAGAAUUCUCUCUUCACAAGUGCUGAUGAAGACUUCAGGGAAAUCAAUUUUGAUGAGCUGGGCUCAAAGCAGAGUGAAGAUGGUCCAAAAUCCUAUUAUACUGAACUGUUGCAACUUAACGAAGACAUUCAGAUGAGGAAUCCUGAGCAGAAUGGAGGGACGGGACUCACACUGAGAGCUCGUGGAUGUGGAGGAAGCAGUGCUGCCUCAAACGGGACACAUAUUAGGUCACUACCUCACAAUCAGUCGACGUCACAGAAACAACUGAGCCAAAGCUCCGCAUCUCCUCUGAAACCAGAGGAAAGCUGUGGUGCUCCAAAAUCACUGAACGCCAUCUUUGUACCGCUGGAAACCAUCAAAUCUAGUCAGCUGGAACCAAUCAUUUUAUACAACCAGGCAGGAAUCCACGUGUCUCUCCAUUUUGCUGGUAACCGUCCACCUGCUCACCCGGGUGUGGCUGUCGCUGUCAUGUCUGCAGUGAACACAUCGGCUCUGUCUGUCAAAGACUUUAGCUUUCAAGUGGCUGUCCCAAAGAGUAUGUCGGUCAAACUUCAGCCUGCCUCUGGGACUCACCUUCGUCCUUUCAACCCUCUCCACCCUCCACCCUCAGUCUCUCAAGUCCUGCUAUUAGCUAAUCCUCAGAGUAGCAAGGUGCGUCUGCGCUACAAGUUAACACUGACACACGGGGACAAACACCUAAACGAGGCUGCAGAGAUUGACAGCUUUCCUGACUGGAACGCUCUGAUUGGCUGUUGAAAGCUCCACAUGUUCAAAGCUCUGUUCUGGCGUGUGUCUGACGUUAGGUGACGGCACAGUCAGCAAUGUCGACACGGAGGUGGAACAUUCUUAGCACAUCUUUAUGAAGUAAAACCAAAAAAACAGUGUUUUUAAUUACAUGUUUCUAUGAAAACAGGAAGAGAGAAACUCUUUUUCAGACAUAAUACUGUUGGGUAAUCUGUAAAAAUGAAAGUAAUAUUUUACUGUUACUAUUUUGGAAAACAACAGCAUCAGUGCUUAUCUUCUGCUCAGUUUGACCUUAAAACUGGCAGCAUUCAGAACUUCUGAAGAACAGAAUAGACUAAGAAAGAUUUAUUACCAUCACGUUUUUACCUAAAUGUCUAUUGUGAUCUUCUCGGUGACAGUGGUUACAGCUUUACAAAUUAGUUUUUAUUUAUGUGGCUUAAAUGUAGGAGAUUUUAUGUUUUUGAAGGCCGUAACUUUUACAAGUGAGGAUUGAAAGUUACUUUUUGUUGUUAUUUACUUGAAAAGGGUGAUUUUAGCACCAAUCUUUAGACUGAGUUUAAUUGUAAAAACAUUUUCAUUAAGUUUUCUGCAAAAAUUUUGAAGUCUUUAUUAUUACAUCGUAGGUGAAGGAUGUCUUUUUGAGUUGUUGUCUGUUUUGUCAUCUCCCUCUUUUUAGAAUCUGUUGCUUAUUUUGGUGUUUCAAUCUUACCCUCUUGUAAUUUUUUUUCCGUUUUGAACUUAAAUGACCACAAAAGUGUUUCUUAAUCAGCAGUGUUAUGCUUCUGUCUGAAGCUCAAAGCUGCCAUUAUGAGCUCAAAUCAACAAAUGGACUGUGAAGUGGGCUUAAUCAAAGCAAGAACACACAGUGCAUUUAUGCCUGUUUUGGUUCUUUUUUUUUUUUUUUUUGCUUUAUCUUAUCAUUUGAAUUUUUUUAAUACCAAUCUUAGCCUCAUGUGAAACACAGCAGCCAUAAUACUAAAAAGUUUUCCACUGUGUCUUAUGCUAUUAAUAAAAACUUGAUUUUUGUUACCAGUUUUGAUUUUAAGAGCAUUUGUUUAAUUUGAUUUGUUUGUUGCCUAAAUAAAUCAACCAUUUAAUGUUUUUAUCUACUUAUUUAUCCUACCUGGAUUGAGAUUGGUGUUAAAUGUUGGGCUUCUGUUGGGGGUAAAAUCCUCCAAAAUGUGCAGUCUAAACUCAAUUAUGUGGUACAGAAUGCCAGCAAAUUUGACUUUUUUUUUUUAAAAAUCAAAUUGUGUUAAGAAUCAAAUUAACAAAAUAAUGAAAACAUUCUUUAAAAAAAGGAAGUAAUGACAUCCAAAUUUAGAGCAACCAGACUUGCAAAAUUAAAUAAGAAAGUAUUAAAAGGGAAAAAAGUACAUCAACCAACUCUGGCAAAAAGCUAUUUUCUAGUCUGCUUUUAAACACAUUUAGACUCCUUGGAGUGAUUGGAAGGACUUGUAUUUUUUCUCCAGAUUAGUUGAAGUUAUGUUUUUGUUAUAAACAUUUAACAUGCAUGGAAUCAUCAGUAAGAUGUUAUUACUCAAUAAAUUUAGCUAAUGUUUACUACCAUUAACUGAAAAGUUGGAAAAAAAAAAA